CACGAGCACUGUUUCCACUCCACACUCACCAUGGCCAACACGACGCUCCGUGUCCCCCUCCUCCCCUUCUCAGGCGGGUGGGCCUCAAUCCCCCUCGCGAGCUGGUGGGCGCCGCUAGCCCUCACGCUCGCCUUAUGGCUGAUCUCACGACUGCUCAAACCGCCCCACUCGCCGCGCAACACGCCCGAAGUCCGCGCGCUCCCCGGCCCCGCCCGCCCGCGCUUCGGCUGGCUGCUCGGCAACAUGGCGCAGCUCGCCGACCACCGCGAGACGCUCAUCCACCCCGACUGGUUCCAGUGGGGCUGGACGGGGGUGUACGAAAGCCUGUUCGCGCAGAAGCGGAUCUACACGUUCGACCCGGCUGCCGUGGGGUACAUUUUCGCCCACCCCGACGAGUUUGAGCGCCCGCGCGAUCUGCGCACUAUCCUGGGACACAUUAUGGGCGCGGACAGCCUCGUGGUCAACGAGGGCGAGAAGCAUCGGCGCAUGCGCCGCGCGCUAAAUCCCGCGUUUAGCGCCGGGGCUAUCAAGGAGAUGAUGCCCGCCAUGCUGGAGAAGGCGGGGGAGAUGGUUGCGCUCUUCGAGCGCCUGAUUGACGAGGAGGCGCUCGAGAGCUAUGCGGCGCGCGCGCCCGCCCCAGAGGACCGCGUGCCGGGCGCACGCAAGAUUGACGUGUUCAAGUUCGCCGGCAACCUCACCACGGACAUCAUCGGCAUCGCGGGGUUCGAGCACGACUUCAACUCGCUCUCGCCGGAGGACGACAGCCCCGCGCUUCUAGCGAAUAGGUUUAACCGUCUCGUCGACGCCGCGAACGGCAUGGUGCUCCUCACCGAGGCGCAGAAUAUCAUGCCUGUGCUGGACAAGAUCCCGACACAGAGCCGGCGCGUGAUCGGCGAAGUGCGCGGGCAGAUGGAGCGGCUCUCGGAUACACUUUUCGCGCGGCGCAAGGAGGUCGGAUACGACCCCGGUGCCAAGGACCUCCUCUCCCUUCUCGUCAAGAGCGCGAGCGCCACCAAAUCAGACGCGGCGAUGUCGCACGACGAAGUGCGCGCUCAGAUGGCGUCUCUACUUUUCGCGGGGAGCACAACGACCGCCGCGACAAUCAGCUUUAUCCUCUUCGAGCUCGCCAAACUCUCCGAGUGGCAGGAGAAGCUGCGCGCCGAGGUGCUCGCGGGCCACGCCCGCCCCUCCUUUGAGGCGCUCAACGCGUUCCCCCUCCUCGACGCCGUAAUCCGCGAGACCCUCCGUCUGCACCCGCCCGCUAGCUGCACGUGCCGCGCAACGACGAAAGACAUGGUGCUCCCCCUCGCCAAGCCCAUUCCCCUGCGCGACGGCCGCACAAUCGACGCCCUCCCUGUCAGCAAGGGCUCGUACUUCUUCAUCUCGAUGGUGUGCCUCAACCGGCUGAAGGAGAUCUGGGGCGACGACGCCGAGGAGUUCAACCCUGCGCGGCACGCUGACCCGGCUCUACCACGGAUGCAGGUGCCGGGGGUGUGGGGAAACGUGUCGUCGUUCAUCUCAGGGCCGCACGCGUGUAUCGGCUACCGGCUGGCGAUUAUCGAGAUCAAGGUCGUACUGCAUGCGCUCCUGCGUGCGUUCGAGUUUGAACUCCUCCCCUCCAGGCCGCACAUCCAGCAUUUUUCCAGCCUCGCGACACAGCCGCAGGUGAAGGGCGAGCCCGGAGGUCAAAUGCCACUGCUUGUCCGCAGACACCGCGUCUAGGCAACGCACGAGGGUGGGAGAGGAGUGUAUGUGUUUCCGGGUCAAGGACGAUCAUGAUUCUGGAGGCAAGGUGGAUCAGGCGCACAUGCAUGCACAUUGACUGAG